CACAAACUCAAAACACGCACUGCGAUGCCGCUGCAGCUGUGCAGAUCCGCUGCGGGAUGCCUCCGGGCCCUCUUGAGACAACAACUACCACCGCCAACCAACGUACGUACCGCACGCUGGCAUUCCUAACACAACGUACGAGCUAGGAAGGGCCUACUGCGUCCGCUGAUGUCCUCCCUCGCUUCCAGCACGUAGGUCGACGCGAUGUCGCGCCGCGGCAGCACAGGAAGUAAAGCACCAUGACCGAUUUUCGAGGCAUGCAUUUCAGGGAGGAAGACGAGCCUGCUGCCCACCGCGCGUUCGUUCGACAGCUUCGCGAAGGCUGUGCACGCAUCACGAUGAUGCAGCACGGCCAAGCAGGCUACGAGCUCAUGCACGUGCGCCUGGAUGUUGCCGCGACUUCAUUGACGUGGAGUCCAUCCGCUAGCCAUACGUCAGCCAGCCAAGCCAAGCCGGCAUCGAUGUUGUUGGAGACCGUCCUGUCGGUAGUCCCAUGGACACACAAGACGCCGUCGAAGAGGCCGAGCAAGGCCGAGCUCGUGAUGGGUAACCACGGCGUGUUCUAUGGCAUCAGCGUCGCCUACAACGACCGGGACACGCCAAGCCAGCUCAUGCUGCUCUGUCACAACGAAACCGAGCAGCAUCGGUUUGUUGCGAGCCUUCGGUCCCUCGUCCACACUGCCAGAGUGGGUGCUGGUCUCGAGUCGGAAGCGUCCAGCCCCCCCCCACAAGACUCGAAACCCACGCGUCUCCGUCCCAAGAAGCCGUCGCGCACAAUCAGUGCCGCGUCGGGGCUAAAGGCACGACGAAGGGUCGGCGAAUUGGGCCACACGAUGUCGGCUCUACCUGGAUCCAGUUACAACGGCAUCAAGGCCAAGUAUCGCACGUCGUCUAAGUAGAUAUCCUCGUAUCCAAACAUGUGAGAGUCGAAGUGGUGCAUCCAA